UAUCUCCCAAACCGACUUCCGUUAGACGGAAUUCUCUUGCUUUAGUCCACUUCUGGUAAUACCCAUUGUGUGAAUGAAUGAGCACAAGCUAACAAAAACAUAAAAUAGAAAAAAGUCUAGAAUCAGUAUCACCGCGUUGAGGAAGCUGACAAACAAAAGAGGUGGUUUCGCUUUCUCUUCUCUUUGUUCACUUUGUACGCUUAUGUUGACUGGGUUUCUUGGUUGGGUUAGAUGACGGAAGCUUUAGACUAAGUUCAUUCUUGCAUUUCUUUCUGUAAUAUCUUACUCGGAUUGUCAUUAGAUAUGCUGAUGGCGGCAUAAAGUACCAUGAAAAACCCGUGUAGCAAAAUUCAGUUUCGAUCAAUGUUUUAGAGUUUCUAAGUUCUAGAUCAAUGUUCUAGAAACAACAAAAUCUAGCUGUUGUUAUGUUUGAUAGCUAAUUUGAUGAUCUAAGCCCUUACACUUGAUGAGGGAUGUAGCCUCUAUAUAUAUAUAUAUACCUGGAAAUUGGGUUGCUUUAAGAUCCAUAGAAAUUGUUAGGAAUCUGUUGUCUCUAGAUAGCAAUAUAAUUUUUGUGUGUUGAGCUUAGUAAAUAUCGACAGAAGAGAUCCUUUCUUUGGUAUUGGUGCUACGUUUCCUAGUUCUAUAUAAAGGUUCAUCACACAAGACUUAAUAACGGUAGUGUAAGUCGAGAGGAGAAAAUGGCUAAAAAUACUGAAACAGAGAGUCACAAUGUACAUUCAAAUGGAUCAAUUCAUAAUCAGAACUCGAAUGGUGCUUUAGAAGAAAAGCUAGAUGAGCUUCGACGUCUCAUGGGCAAAUCGGAAGGUGAUCCUUUGAGGAUUGUUGGCGUCGGUGCUGGUGCUUGGGGUAGUGUCUUUACUGCUUUGUUGCAAGAUAGUUAUGGUCACCUAAGAGAUAAGGUUCUAAUAAGGUUAUGGAGAAGGCCUGGAAAAUCAGUUGAUAGAGCCACAGCUGAGCAUUUGUUUGAAGUGAUUAAUUCCAGGGAAGACGUAUUAAGGAGAUUGAUUAGGCGUUGUGCAUACUUAAAGUAUGUUGAAGCAAGAUUAGGUGAUAGGACCUUGUAUGCAGAUGAGAUUUUGAAAGAUGGCUUUUGCUUAAACAUGAUAGAUACCCCACUUUGCCCUUUAAAGGUUGUAACCAAUUUGCAGGAAGCGGUGUGGGAUGCUGAUAUUGUUAUUAAUGGGUUGCCUUCCACUGAGACCAGUGAGGUGUUCCAGCAAAUUAGUAGGUAUUGGAAAGAGAGGAUAACAGUACCAGUUAUCAUCUCUUUGGCAAAAGGCAUAGAGGCUGAGUUGGAGCCUGAGCCUCGCAUAAUAACUCCCACUCAAAUGAUAAAUCGAGCAACUGGAGUCCCAAUGGAGAACAUCCUCUAUCUUGGAGGACCUAACAUCGCCUCGGAGAUUUACAAUAAGGAAUAUGCUAAUGCCCGAAUAUGUGGCGCAGAAAAAUGGAGGAAACCUUUGGCAAAGUUUUUGAGGCAACCCCAUUUUAUAGUGUGGGAUAAUAGUGAUCUAGUUACUCAUGAAGUCAUGGGUGGAUUAAAGAAUGUAUAUGCAAUUGGAGCUGGAAUGGUAGCAGCUCUGACCAACGAGAGUGCAACAAGUAAAUCAGUGUACUUUGCUCACUGUACAUCAGAAAUGAUAUUUAUCACGCAUUUGUUGGCAGAGGAACCUGAGAGACUUGCGGGUCCCCUUUUAGCUGACACUUAUGUCACCUUAUUGAAAGGCCGUAAUGCAUGGUACGGUCAGCAGUUGGCCAAAGGGGGGUUGAACCUUGAUAUGGGUGACAGCAUCAAGGGCAAGGGGAUGAUUCAGGGUGUCUCUGCAGUGAAAGCAUUCUAUGAACUGCUGAGUCAGUCUUGCUUAAGUGUCCUACAUCCUGAAGAAAAGAAGCCUGUAGCCCCUGUUGAACUUUGCCCCAUAUUGAAGAUGCUAUAUAGAAUACUCAUAACGAGGGAGUUUCCGGCACAGGCUAUUCUUCAAGCUUUAAGGGAUGAAACGAUGAAUGACCCAAGAGAUCGCAUUGAGAUUGCACAAAGCCAUGUAUUCUACAGAGCAUCACUCCUGGGAAAGAAACCUUGACGAUAUACUGACUAAUUUUGCAUGUUGCUGUUGUCAAUCGAUAUGAUGUGAUAAGCUACAUAAUGUAGUUCCACAAUUUCAGAAAGUAUCAGGACAAGGACGCUAGAUUGCGAGUUGGUUGUUAAGUUUGUUGUUGUAUCAAUUGCUUUAUUUGUUGAGUUUGGCCAUGCAGAACAGUGAAAUGAACAGAUUUGUCAAACUGGAUUUUCCUUUCACAUUA